AUGUCCCACAACGCCCCUGCCUCAGUUCCUCGCGCCGCCGUCUGGAGCUUGAAGUCCUCCAACCCCGACCUCCCUGCGGAAUCGGCCAUCUUGCCCGAUGACGGCAGCAACGGCACUGAGUCCGUCUUUGACGAUGACAAGCGCCGUCGCGUCGAACCUCAGAACUUUGCCGACGGUGGCAAAUUCCGAUCUGUUGUCAAGAUCCAGGCUUGCUUCAACAAGGGCAGUGGAGGCAUCGUCUGGAUGAUGGGGUCCGGUUGGCUCAUUAGCCCGGACACCGUUGUCACCGCCGGGCAUGUGGUCUACGACUGGGGUCACCGCCUCCAGAGCGCCAUCGAGAUCAAGUGCUACAUUGGCUACUCCGGUCGGGCUUCUGUCGGUACUCCAAACGUCCAGGCUCGCUUUGGUGAGCGCAUCAUCACCACUGCUGAGUGGAUCGAGGCGGCUGGCAACCGCACUCACGAUGUUGCCUUCAUCAAGCUCAACCGUCCGUUCACCGGCAACCUGAGAAACAUUCCCUUCAAGGACACUCCUCUCUUCGCCAAGGGAGCCAACAUUGGUGUUGUCGGAUACCCCGGAGACAAGUAUCUCGAGGGCCAGAACGGACAGAACGGAGAGAAGGGUGCCCAGAUGUACGAGGAAUUCGCGCCCACUGACUACAACAUUGAGAAGAGUGAGCGCCACAUGAUUGAGUACCAGGUCUCUACCUUUGCCGGCCAAUCUGGAGCCCCUAUCUUCCAGCUUGAGAACAGCGGGUUGGUAUCCAUCGGCACUCACUGCUACGGUGGCGGUGGCGACGAGAGCAACUCUGGCAACUCCAUUGGCGGUCCCUAUGGUAACAAUUACCAUGCCUUCCUCGCCCUCUUUGAAAGCAACCAGUUCCCCCAGGCCCAGCGUCAAGGCAUCAAGGUUCUCAAUGCCGAUACCAAUGCUCGUCCUCGCAGCGACGUCAACGGCUCCAACGGCAUCUCUAAGAGCAACGUCACCUCCCUUGCCAAUGGAUACGGUAACGGCACCGCCAACGGCAACAGCAACGAUUACAACGGCAACAACGGCUUUCGCGCGGAGAAGGUGGCUUCGUCCGCGGGACAGACCCAGUACAACACGGGCACGGGUCUUUCGGAAAGUUCAGAUGAGGAGGGCUUCUUCGACAUCAUCAGAUCGAUCGCCAAAGUCGCAGGGCCUGCCGUCAAGACUGUCUCUCCUUUCCUUGGGCCCAUCGGCGGGCCCAUCGGCGCCAUCGCGGGCGGCAUCCUCUCGACGGUCGGAGGGGCGGAGAGCGCCAUCGUCGAUGGCAACGCGUCCGGCGCGGUCGAGAACGCGAUCAAAUCGGGCGCGACCGAGCGCGCCGUGCUCGCCGAGGCGUCGCUUCAGGCUCUCCUGAAGCUCGAAGACACCCCUGAGACCGCCGAGCUCCUCCACACCAUCAACUCCAAGUACAGCGCCUUCCGACCCAAGCUGGACGCCAUCGCCAAGGUCGCCCAGCCCCAGCUCACCGAGUGCGGACUUCACCUGGCUCACCGCCAGAUGGCAAAGAUUCAAGAGCAAGGGGCGGCCGGGCUGCAGGAGUCGGAGAUUGAGCUCCCUCGUGAGCAGCUCAGGGGCGUCCAGCUGCCUUCCUACACCCAGCAGGGUUCUCAGGGGGCCUUUGUCCAAGGCCUCCUUGCCCCCACGCGUCCGGUCUCGGGCGAGGAGGGCUUCUUUGACUUCCUCGGCCCCGUUCUCACCAAGGGCAUCGGCUUCGCCAAGCCCUUCAUCACGAGUGCCGCCCAGGGAGCACUCAACGGCGUCAUUGGUCGCCUCGGCGGUGGUGCAGAGUCCUCCCUCGACACCCCCGCCGUUGGCACCCACGAGCACGCCACAUGCCUCGCGUUCAAGCGUGCCGCUGCCGCCGAGGCCGCCCUGCAGACUCUCAUGGCGCUCCCCAAGGAGAAGCUCGACCGUCUUCGCAUCAGCGAGCCUCAGAACGGCGAGGAGGGCUUCUUCGACGUGAUCAAGGCCGGCGUGCAAAAGAUUGCGCCCGCCGUGCUGGACAUUGCCAAGACGGCCAUGCGCAAGGUCGUCCCCGUCAUCGUCGACGCCGCGUCCCAGAAGAUCAAGAACGCCGUCGGGCCGGAGAGCGCUCCCGCGGCGCCCCGGAACAACGUCCCCAGCGAGGCCAACUACGGCAGUGCGACGUCGACGACCACCCGCACUACGAGCGUCAUUCGGUCCAAGCCGUCCGUCGCAGACAUGCUCGCCGCGUCGGCUCAGGCCUACAAGGGCGCGAAGGUGAGCAACAACCCCGAUGAUUCCGACGCCGUGAACGUGGACGAGGACAACGCAGGCCGUGCCGCCAACGCGACCCUCGAGGACCUCCUCAAGUCUCGUGAGAGUACAUGGGUGCCUUCGCUCCAUAGGCACAGGUCCUGGGACUCAAACGACGACGGUCUCUGCAUGAUGGACGAGCAAGACUUUUGA